AGGAGGGUUUGGACAUGGUCAAACUCUCGAUCCACUAAAACCAUGCCACGUAAGUAAAAAAUUAGUCAUUCGAAAAGCGCAGCUUCAAUCGGGCGUCCUUUUAUAUUUAUUAAAUUAAAAGCACCACCGGCGUGGAGACCCAACCGCCAUUCAACGCCUCUCACCCAACACUCAAAAAGCCCCGCGGACACCAGUCUCCAUUCCUUCUCUGCUGUCUAGCUCCGCCUCCUUCGUCUACAAAAUCUAAGCGCCGGAAAAUUUUGGCGGAGUUAUCAUGGAUGUGAGAGUUGGGCUCUUAUUUCUUCUUGUGUUGAGUGCUGGCUGGGCUUGUGCUGCUAGACAAAUGGCAGAUGCUGAGCUUUCUUAUACAAGCCUGGUGAUCUCUGAUACACCAGCUACACAAGGGAAAGACCAGGAGCAAGAAAGGGAAGAUCAAGCUUCAGAUGGAGUUAUCAGGAAUGAUCAAGUUUGCACAUUGUGUGAGGAAUUUGCUUCCCAAGCACUUGAUUACCUAAAUGAAAACAAGACCCAGACUGAAAUUAUUGACACCCUUCAUGUAGCCUGCUCUCGAGUGCCUCCUUUCAAGCAACAGUGCAUAACUUUGGUGGACUAUUAUGCUCCUCUAUUCUUUCUGGAAGUUUCCUCGGUACAACCUGAAGCAUUUUGUAGAAAAAUCAAUCUUUGUCAGGAAAUUGUGUUCAUUUCCUCAAAACUUCAACAAGAUGAAUGUGGAAUUUGCCAUCGUGCUGUUUCUGAAGUAUUACUGAAGUUGAAAAAUCCCGACACGCAGCUUGAGAUAAUUGAGAUGCUUCUAAAGGCAUGUGAUUCUAUGGAGAACUAUGCUGCAAAGUGCAAGAAAUUGGUUUUCGAGUACGCCCCUAUUAUCAUCACCGAGGCAGAACAGUUUCUGGAAACCACAGACAUAUGUACUUUGUUACAUGCCUGUGAUUCGGCCGUAGCUGGUAAUGGGGAAGCAGCAACAGUUUUAAAGGCUGAUUCGUAAUCAAGUGGAAUGAAAAAUGAACAUUAUUGAUGCUCUUCUUGUGUAAUUAUUUCAUUUCAGGUGUUUGUAUGAGUAUGAUAGGAUUUCUAUAGCAUAAUUGUGGUGUUGCUGUAAUUAUGUUGUAACUAUAAUUUCAAUAAAUACUUCUUGAGAUUA